GUCGCUGCUACACAUAUGUUGGCGUUUAUCGAAACAGAAACAUGGCGGUCAUACCGGUAUCUUCCAUUUACCCUUCUGCUCAAGAACACAUCCCAAUGUGUAUAAAACACGAUUUGAAUAUAGACAUAACAUGUGAGGACUGUGAUGAGUUUAUUUGUUCGCAAUGUGCCAAAACAGACCACAAGGACCAUGACUGGAAAACUAUACACACAGCAGGCAGUCAAAGGAGAAGAGAGCUAAAGAAAAAUCUGAGUAAGGUUAAGGAGAAAGAUAUUGCAGAAAUAGAUGAGAAAAUAAAGAAGGCAUCCAAACAAAAGGAGGGCAACAAAAAAUGUUGUGAUUCUGAGGUCUCUAAACUUCAGAAACAUUAUGAUGCGAUUGUGUCAAAACUUGAUGAAAUCAAGAAGAAUUUGGAGACUAAACUGGUGGAAAAUCUGGAGAGAAAAAAUGCUGAAGUGAGUAAGAAAAAACUAGAUUUAGAAAAGAAAAGAGACCAUAUCAAGGAUCUUAUGGAAUUCCUGGAAGACAAACACGGUACCAUGUCUGACUAUAGUUUGAUAGACAACCUCAGAGACUUGACCAACCUCGUGUCAAACACAGACAGUGAUAUAGAGAGGGGGGAUCAUUCGGUCAGAUACAGAGGAGGGGACAUCAGUGAGGGGUCACUGGACUCUAUAAUGGGACAAACGUUUGAUUUGGAUGAUUUCAGAGUUACCGAGACACAUUCAUUUCGAUAUGGAGAUGAAUGUUUAGAUGUGUUGGAGGCAAUCGAUGAAGGUACAUGUUUGGUGAGAGAUCGUAAAUCAAAAUGCUUUGAGCGAAUGAACAUAAGAAAUAAGAAAAAAGAACAAUCCAUUAUCUGUGGAGAUGCGGUAUGUGUAACAGACAAAGGUGGUGUAUAUGUCACUGAUUAUAAGAACAAAUCCAUUGUCCGUCUGUCCCCGUUAGGAUUAUCCUCUACAGUAUUCAGUACAGCUCCACUAGCACCAUUAGGAAUCUGUCAAUCAACAGAGGGAGGACUGCUGGUGACAUUGGUAGAUUAUGAUACAAAAAAAUUUCAUCCGGACUCAAAGAGCAGACUUCUGGUCAUACACGUGACACUGACCGGUGACGUCAUCCGUGAGUACGAGUACCAGGGUGACGGUCAGACCCGCCUGUUUACUGUACCAUACAGAGUCAAACAGAAUGGUAACACUGACAUUUGCGUGGUGAACAGGACACGUCAAUGUACCGGUGAAUUGGUGAUCCUGUCCUCCUCUGGAUUUCUAAAGUCUGUCUACCAUGGACUUCCAACUGAUGUUGUUUGUGACGCACACUGCAACAUCAUUGUUACUGACUAUUCUAACAGCCAGAUACAUCUGCUGAAUCCUGAUGGGGAGUUUAUGAAGUACCUACUGACAGAGAAUGAAGUAAAAGAUCCAUAUUGUAUGUCUCUGUAUAAAUCCACAUUGUGGGUAGGGGACGGCCAAGGACUCAUCAAAGUAUUUCAGUUCAAUAACACUUAAAAUCACGUUAUACUUGUUUUAUGUUGAUCUCAAAAUUCAAAUGUUUUUCAAGAAUCAAAAACAUUUAUACGCUUUGUAUAACUAAUUAAGCGAUAUAUAUCACACAUAUUUCAAAUGAUAGUGUAUACGUAAAUAUUGUAAAACAAUUAUUGUACCUUUGAGGUUGUCACUGUAAGGAAAAAUCAACCGGAAAUGUGUUUAAUUCAUACAACCCUGGUUGGCAAUGCUAUAAACUUCAAAUGGAGAAGACUU